GAUACAUGCAAUCUUUUAAGCUAAGGCCCCCAUCCUGUCUCUCGGGAGAGGUGAGCAGUGAGGAUAUGGGGGCAAUGAGAAGGACGGCUCAAGUAGGGCUGGGGAGGGGCAGAGGCGCCCAGGCACGCCAGGUGCAAGCGCUCAGCAGAGUGUGGUCCGACUGGGUCCGCGGCUCUGGGGCCGCGGCGCGAUUGCAGGAGUUUCGGCCCUCAGCGGCUCCCAUCGCGGCUCCCGGGAGCUAAGCGAGACGGCAACGGCGGCAGUCGUCCCUCCCCACGCGGGCGCGCGGGCAUGCGGACACCCACUCGGCCGGUCCAGGCCCUCAGGCUCCCGGAAGCGGAAGGGGAGAGCGGCCCGGCCUGGGCGGCGGCGCCGGAGGAGGCGGAGGUGGAGCGGCAGGAGGAGGGGAAAGAGCUGCUGGCGGUCGCGAGAGCGGCGGCGGCGAGAGGCGAGCCAGCGGCGACGAAUGAAGAACUUUUUCACUUACUGCAGAAUUUUCAGCUUCAGCAAGCAGGUUCUCAUGGAGAACUGUUAUUGAAGAGAGAUCCAUUUUGUGGGAUAUAAUUAAAAAAAAUGAAUCAAAAGAAAAUCUCUAAAUGCAGGUGCCAGAAAAAUUACAGUACAUCUCAGUGAAUUUGCAGGUGGUAAGUUUGUUUUUGAUUUUACAUGGUAAUGUAUUUUGGAAUUAUGUGCUAUAGUAUCCCUGGAGUCUUAUGCUUAGAUGCACUUGUCAGUUAGCAAAUGUAGUUACUUUAUGUUUAUUUAAAAGUUUUUAUACUAAAUUUUAACCAAACCUGUUUUCUUAAAUAAGACUUUUUCUAUAGAGAAAAAUAAUCUGUAAAUAAUAUGAGUUUCAGAAACAUCUUUCUGAAUCGUAAGUCUUACAUGGCUUUACAGCGAAUCCUCCUGUACUUCGUUUUUAAAAAUACUAAUUUUAAAAGCACUUACUAUAAGGAUAAUAUAUAGUGACAAAGAGGCCUAAAUUAAACAGUUAGUUUGUAAGUUUAGUGUCUCUUAGGUUAUCUUUAUUUUUAAGUUAAUUGAAAAGAAUUUAGAAGUACAUGGUUGUUGAUAAACUUAGAAGAACACAUAAAUAUUUGAAAGCCUUCCUUUUCACUACUCCUUCCUCUCUCAGCCCAUUGAGAACAGUUUGGCUGGUCUGUUUUCUUGCAGUCUUUUCUUCCUGCACUUGUGCAGAAAUUACUUAUGCACAUACCUGCAUAUUUUUUCUAACAAAAAUGUUAUAUAAACUGUUCUAUAAAUUGCUUCCCCAACACUUAAUUUUGAAAAAUUUCAAACAGAAGCAUUGGAAGAAUUUUGUUUAACAUCUGAAUACCUAUCACUUAGAUUCUUAACUAACAUUUUAACACAUUUCAGCACAUACUCAUCUGUCUUUCUGUCCACUAUGUUAUUAAUUUGGGGGAUUCAUUUCAAAGUAAAUUGCAGACGUCAGUAUGCUUCCUCUCUACAUAAUUCAGUAUACAUAUUGCUAACUAGAGCUCAGUAUUGGUUUACAGUUUCUUAAAGGUAAAUUUACGUACCAUGACAUGCAACAAUCUUAAGUGUACAUUUGCUGAGGUUUAAUAAUUUCAUGUUUGUAACUCAUACUCCGUUAUCAAUAGAAACAUGCUUAUUAGCACCACAGAGAGUUCCCUCAUGCCUCUUCCUGGUCUGUCUCUAUCCCUGUCUCUUUCCAGAAAAAUCAGUUAAAGUCUGUUCCCUCUCCACUCCUAAUGGAUUUUGCCUAUAUCACUUGCUUUAUUCACUCAGCAGUAUGUUGUGGGUCAUUAUAUGCAGAUCUAAAUCUGCCUUCUUUUCUGCCUUAAAAAAAAAUUGCAAUAGUUUGGAAAUAGUCUUACACUAUGGGUGUAUUAGAAUUUAUUUGAUCAUUCCCUUUUCUCUACAUGGACAUUUAGAUUGUGCCAUAUUUUUGUGAUUACAGAAAGUGCUGUAUCCUUGUACAUCCUUGUAUGUAUAUAUACAGUCUCAGGAGUACUUUUGUAGGUAAUACUAAAAAUAAAACUGCUGGGUAAAAGGGUUUUAUGUUUUGAUACAUGCUGCCAAAUCGCCCUCCCAGGAUGAUUGUAUCAGUUUACAUGCCCACCAGUAAUGUAUGAGAGUGUCCUUUUUUUUCUGUGCCCUCUUAACGUUGGAUAUCAUCUUUCUAAAAGUUUUUCAGUACAAUAGAUGAAAAAUGUACCUUGUUAUUUCCUAAUCAGUAAUGAUUAGCCAUUGGAUUUUUUUCCCUUUGUGAAUUGCUUCGUUAUAUAUUUAUGUUGUAUGCCUCUUGUUGGUCAUGUCUUAUAGUAUUUUUUCAAGGAAUGCUUUGUCUUUUAACUUUGCUUUUCAUGUGUUUUGGGCUUCAGAUAUGUUAAUUUUUAUGUGGUCAGACAUGGCUGAUGGGUCUUCAUUGUGAAGGCCUUCCUUAUUCCAAGAAUAUAAAACCACUUGCUAUUCUAAUAGUUUUCCUUUUAAUGAAAUUUAGAAGAAAAAGAUAAAUCAUUGUGAACUGAAGUGCCAGGAAAAAUUUCAAAUGGAGAGUAAGAUUCAAAUUGGCCUUGAAGUCUGAGUUGAAUUUAGAUGAGUAAGCAGAAUGGUAGGCAUAUUUCAGACAGGAGGAACGGAUGGAAUAUGGUCGAACAGUGGUAACAGAACCACUUAGGCUGAGAUGAAGAAUCAUAUAAAACUGUAAGCAUAGACAUACGUGUUCGGAUAGAUUUCUUAGUAAUUAUUUUGGCUAAUCUUUAUGCUUUUCUAAAAUCUACCUCUUGAUGUUACAGUUUUCUGUCAUUUUCAUGGUGACUUGAGUAUUCUUCUUGAGGAGAAUAUGUGGUGAAAUACAGUUGCCUGAAAAGGCAAAAAAUAGUGGUAUUCCAUUGGAAUAAGUUGAACAUUAUAAAUAUUUAUUCAGUCUGGUUUAUUAGAGUUAAAUUAUAAUUGUUUUUACAGUUUGUGCUGUAGUAAUUUACAUCAUUUAGUCACUGUAGUCAACUAUAGUUACCAGAUAGCAAUUUUAUAAAAUGUUGAAGUACCAGUAUAUCCACUAGUUACUUAAUCAGAGUUUUGAGUUAUGAGCUCACCAUUUAAUAUACAAAUUAGUAUGUCGGAAUCUCCAGCUAAUGAAAGUAUUUUAUGAAUGCUGUCCUUGAGACCGAGUAACAGCAUUGUGUUCAGUUUGGUUGUUGCUCAGGAUGUGUAAUAGUUUCUCUUCAGCCAUAAGCCACGCCUGGUAGAUAUUGAGUGGAGAGAUCUUGCACCUCUUCCAGUUACGCAUUUGUGGUUUGUCAUCUGAUUUGGAGCACUUGGAAGAUCACUGUUUUGUGUUCUGCGACCCAAUUGAGAGGAUUAUGUGGAGCUAAGUUUUACCAAUCAGACUGUUCCUUUAAGCAAAGACCAUGCCUUCUUCAUCAUUGUAUCUGCAGUGUCUAGCAAGUGAUGGGUGUGUAGUGGAGGCUCAGUGAAUAUUUGUUGAACUAAGAUCAUCCUUCCUUGUGGGUUAGCAGGCAGUUAUAAGAUUGCAAAAUGGGUCUCCGGAUUCACUUUGUUGUUGACCCACAUGGUUGGUGCUGCAUGGGUUUGAUUGUCUUUGUUUGGUUAUACAAUAUUGUUUUAAUUCCCAAAAUUGUCCUCUUUCCUCACUAUGAAGAAGGACAUAUUCCAGGCAUAUUAAUAAUAAUAUUCUAUGGCAUUGCCAUAUUCUGUUUGGUUGCCUUAGUGAGGGCCUCAAUAACUGAUCCAGGAAGACUCCCUGAGAACCCCAAGAUCCCACAUGGAGAAAGGGAGUUCUGGGAAUUAUGUAAUAAGUGUAAUUUGAUGAGACCAAAGCGUUCCCAUCACUGUAGCCGCUGCGGCCACUGUGUGAGGAGAAUGGAUCAUCACUGUCCAUGGAUUAACAAUUGUGUUGGUGAAGAUAAUCAUUGGCUCUUUCUGCAGUUGUGUUUCUACACUGAACUUCUUACUUGCUACGCACUGAUGUUUUCUUUCUGCCACUAUUACUAUUUUCUUCCACUAAAAAAGCGUAAUUUGGACCUCUUCGUUUUUAGACAUGAAUUGGCCAUAAUGAGACUAGCAGCCUUUAUGGGCAUUACUAUGUUAGUUGGAAUAACUGGACUCUUUUACACUCAACUAAUUGGCAUCAUCACAGAUACAACAUCUAUUGAAAAGAUGUCGAACUGUUGUGAAGAUAUAUCGAGGCCCCGAAAGCCAUGGCAGCAGACCUUCUCAGAAGUUUUUGGCACUCGUUGGAAGAUCCUGUGGUUCAUUCCUUUCAGGCAGAGGCAACCACUGCGAGUUCCCUACCACUUUGCCAAUCAUGUCUAAACAGAUGGAUGGUGGGCACAGAUGGGUCCUCCAUGCUGGAAAUGCGUUACAGGUUUUAUGAUAAUAGAACUAUGACAGUCUUCAAGUCAAUUAAAAUCCACCCACCAAUCUUAGGCAUCAUAAUGUGCCCCAGGCUUUAUUUUAAUAGUGAUCUUGAUCCUGUUGUGGGACUAAUACAAGAUCUAUAUUUAAGUUUUAAAGCAUGUUUACUUUCAAAUUAGCUUUCCACAGGGAUUUCUUGAAAUGCUUUUGUUAUUAAACUCAAAAGGCAGUGAUUAGGAUGAAAUAAUUGUACAUAAUUUAUUUUAGUACUGACAGUGUUACAGAUUCUAAUUUAUGGUAAAUUUCAGAUGUUUAUUUAAAAUUUUCACUUUUAAACAGUAACCAAAUCUAAAUUUAUUCAGGUUUUACAGAAGUUGAUACACCUUCUUAUAGUAUAGGUAAAUUUUCUUUUUCAAAUCCAAUUUAAAAUAACCUUUCCUUUUAAAUGUGCUGCAACAUUUUUAAAAAUGCAGCAGCAUAGGAGUGAACAACAGCAACACAAAACGGGCAUUGGUUUCCUAGGAGUGGCUUGCUUGUGUUUUCUUCUUUUUUCUUCACCAAAACCAACAUAAAAGUACCACUGAAGUAAAACACCAACUACCUACUUUACUAUAAAUGAAAUGUUAAAAUUUUUUUCACAAUAAUUUUUCAGUUUUCACCAUUACUGUUGUAAUUAUUGAUUGUGAUUAAAAUAUUUGCUCCCAGGAGAACUCCUGACCAGUGGGCAUGUAUUCCUAUUUUACCCUAAGAUUUUAAUGAGCAAAAAGGGGAGAGAAUUUGCAAUAACUUCACAAUUACCUUUUCUAGUGCAGUUAUAUUAGAAUGCAUAUGUUUUUAAAAUGCUAGUAUAACUAGAUAAUAUAUAAUGUACAGUAUAAAGAGGAAUAUUGUGCUUUUGAAAAGAGUAUACUUUUUACUUUUAUUUACGUACUAGUAGAUGUAAAAUUUCACAUUGAAGGUUUAUAGAUAUUGGCCAACUCAUAUGGAAAUUUUAUUUAUAGGAAGCUACUACUAAAAAAAGUCACUAACUUUGUGUACCUAUAAUCCCUAAAUUAAAAUUUAAUUUUAAUUGGCUGGCUAUAAUUUGCAUUGAGAGACCUUUUCCUAAUAGCUAGUGUUCGGAAGUGACCCUAAAAUAAGAAAAUAUAAUGAUCUGUGUUUUAUCAUUAGCCUUAUACAAAUGUAAAUUACUAAUAGUGAUGUUCUCUUGCAAGGCAUAGAACAUUUGUAUGAAAAGACAUUUAGUAUGCUUUGAAAAAAACUCAGCUUUUAAUUUUUUUCCAUUGGAAUACUGCAAAACCCAUAUAUCUUUUUAAGAAAUUUAUGUACUCACAGUAUUUCCCUUGAAGAGAAGAUUGAAAAAGUCUACUGUUCAUGAACCAUGCUAAUAUUUUCCUUUUAGCUAGUUUUGAAAAUAAGGAACAAUACCUGGGAAAUAAUUAAGCAGAAGGUUACCAUUGUUUUCCAGUUGGCUAUACUGUGGUUAGUUCUUUCUGAAAUUGUAAAUAUCUUAUAGCAUAUUCUGAAAUAAUAGAGUAAGUUCUUCUCAGAGAUGUUAAUAUCAUGUUUUUCAUGUUCUAAUUAGAAUACUUUAUUACUUACAAACUCAGAAGUGGCAGACGAACAUAUUUAUUGGUACUGAAAAGAGACGUAGUAAAUUAAAUAGAAGAAAUAUAUUUAUAAAGCUUAGUGAAACACGAAAUUAGAAUGUUCAUGUCAGGCAAAUGGGUUUGGAUUUUGUGCAAGCUAAUUUGGCCACAUUUGGCCUGGUGACAGAACUGUCUAUAAGGAAGUAAUAUAUAGAUAAUGUAGGUAGAUAUCAGUUGAAUGCCUUAUAUUGUAUACAUUCCUUUCAAAUAAGGACCUUGAGAAAACAGCAGAGCCAAGUGAAGAUCCCCUAAAGAACUUUGUGGCUAGUUUAUACUUCAUGUAAUAGCAGUAGGUACACUGAAAGGUACUGGGCGGGGUCUCUUUCCACGCUGAUGAUUUGUGUUCUUAUUUUUCCUAGAUUUACCACUUCUAGGGCAUAUUCUUUUCCCUCUUCCUCUUUACCUUUCCUGGUCCUGAUCCCUCUGUACUCAGUUACCCUAAAUUAUUAGACUACAAACUAAUACACUAGAAAAGCAUACACUUAUUUUAUUUCAAUGGCAGAAAUGCUAUCUAUUAGUAUAUUUACAUAAGAAUGUAUAUUAAAGUAUAUGUAUAUAUACUUAUACUGUAACUUUCAGUAUUCCCCAGUUAGCGUACCUAACCCUCCUGUGGGUUUUGUUAAUUCUUGUUAGACUACUAGAGAAAAACCAACUGGCAGUUUGCUAAGCGUAUCUACUGGUGUUCUUUCUGCGCCCUCUUUUGGCUAAUUGAUGUAAUUAUACUGGCUCUAAAGAUUUACUGCCCCAUAAGUAAAUAGUAUAGCCACAUUCUGAACAUAUCAAAACUACAAACUUAGGAGGAGUGUAUGUACAAAAAUGUAAAAUUUUAUGAAAAUGAACAUGUUUUUAUGAUGUUAUUUCUAGUUCAUAAGAAUGUGUUGACUGCUUUGCUUCAUUUGUGUACAUUCCCAUUCUUGCUGUCAAUCAAUCACAAAUUUAUAUCAGAUUAGGAUAAACUAAGCCAUUUUAUGUAUUUUAUUUUAAACCUUAUUUUGGCAGAGUAAUUCCUUAGAAUUGGAAAAGCUGUUACUUUAAAAUUACCAAUUUAUUACAAAACAUAGAAUGUAUUGUAGCUACGAAGACAACCAAGCAUUUACUGUGUUUUAAUGAAUAUCUAAAAAACUACAUUUAGUUUAUUUUACUCAGUUUUGAAAUGAUUUUUUUACUGGCUCUGUUGCUUUAAAAUAACUAAGAGAUUAAUGAUUCUUUGUAUAAUUUUCCUUUUCUUUUCUUUGUUCUUUUUUUUACAUUUCCCAGAGUUAUAUCUAUAGUUUUAGUAACCAAUUUAUUAUGUAUUCUGGAUAACUAUGAAAACAACUAAAGGUGUUGGGCAUUAGAAAAUAAUUGUGAGCAGUAAGAUUACUGAUGUAAUAUGUAUUUUGAACUGAAGUAUUUCUUUAUAAACAUUCUAUUUGAUUUUAAGCAAAAUGUAUGUUAAAGCAUGUUUUUACAUCAGUAAAGUCAUUUGUUGGCCUUCUGGAAAUGAAAGGUUUUUACGUAGAUACUGUAAGUUACACCUCCUUAACAAUCAUAUUUGUCAUUGUUGUUUUCUGCAAACAAAAAUGUUUAUGGGCUUCAUGUAGGCUUAAGAUUGUAGGCAAAAAUGGACUGAGUUCAGGACCCCUCAAGCAGUAGGCAUUCAGUUAUAGAGCAGUUGGUACUUUGUAACCCAGACUUAUAGUUUAAAAAUAUCAAGUUAGCUGAUGCUUCAUUAUAAUAAAAAUACUAUUUUGCUUCAGAGUUGUAUUAAAAAUAUUUGUGCUUAACAUUAGAAAUAGCUGUUUUAAAUUGUAGUUAACAUAUUAACUCUUUUUCAGAAAAAAAGCAUACUUUAUUUUUAAUAAUGAAAUAGAGAACAUAAUACGUAAUGUUCAGUAUAACAGCUGAGUUAAAACAUCUGCCAGAAUUAACAUCAGUGCAUUUUUGCCAAUACAUAGAGCCAUUUUUCUCUAAGUAUGAUGGCUAACGAUAACUAUCUUUUGUUAGACAUUCAAGUCACUCCCAUACAAGUAACUAGUUGGUGAUAUGUUUCACUCCAAAGGGUGUAUGUAUUCUGAAUGCUAAUCAUGAAGACUUAAGUUAGGACAACACUUCAAACCAGGAAGUGUGAACUGAUUUAGAUUAUAGCCACACAAUUUUCUGUGUGUUAGAUCAUGGGGCAGUUUGAGUGUUUUCACACGUAUUGCUAUAAAAUCACAAUGUAUCAAGCUCUGGUUUAAUAUGCCAUUAAUAUUAAUUAACAGAGCUGCUAGUCUCUCUCUGGACUUUUCUCUAGUCUCUGCUUCUCUUGCGCUUCCUGUAUCAAUAGAUUACUUAGCCCAAGUUUACCAAGUUUACUAACCUAUAGUUACUUUAUUGAAUAAGUUUCUGACAUGACCUCUAAUAUACAGAUAUAUCUAGAAUUUAUUUGAUAAAAUUCACACAUACAAACAUUGAAUAGUUUGCUAAUAGAUAAAAAUAUUAGAUUUUCAUACAACUGUACUACUGCUUUAAAAAGUAUAAGUAUUGGUAAGUGUAGCAAAUAAGCCAUGUACAUUUAAUGUGUUCUACUUGCUAGUAUUAACUGUAUAAUUAAUGAAUGUGUUAUUUAAUGCCCAAGUUUGUUAACUUUUAUUCUAGAAAUCAUCCUCUGAAUUUAUCUAUAAAUCACAAAUUUCAUUGUGCUCUAUAUUUAGUCAUUCUCAGUUGAAUUCUAGAAUAUUCCACAGUACAAUGUAAGAAAGUAUUACAACCAACUUGCUUGAACUAUUUUGAACCAAUGUUGUAAUUCUAUAUAUUAAUCAGUAUUUAGCAUUUCUGCUACUUUUGAGGUGAUGAUGGUUUAACUUCAGGAAAGUGACUUUUCUGACUUCUUUUAUUAUCAUUGUGCAAUUUUUAACGACAAAACUUACUACAUCUUUGUCAGUUCUUCAGAUGUUGCAAUACUGCCUGCUAAUUUGAAACAAAAAUAACAAUGGUAUUUAAAAAGUCAUUGAUAUUACUGAUAUUUUCCGUUAUCAUUAUAUUUUUUACUAUUAUUAUGUUCUUUUUGCCUUGUCCACCCUAGAGAAUAGGUAAAAAUGAGUAGUGAGUAUCCAAAAACUUACUAAGAUGGAGAGAAGGCUAGAUGGUACAUGAAUAAUCAGCAUUUCAGCAACAGAGUUGACUGGAGCCAGUUUCUGACAUCAGAAAAUCUCUUUGCUGUAAUCGUUUUAGCCUUUUCUCUUAUUUAUACCAUUUUUAUUGGAAGAGUUGUUAGUGCAUAUAAGCAUUUAGUUUGAAUUAUUUGACUUAAGGAAUUUAUAUUGCUGUUUCUCUUCAGUUGGUCAGAUGCCUUCUAUAAAUAUUUUAGUUUUAAAUAUUAUAAUUGUGUAGAGUAUGAUAACUUGAAGUGUUAAAAAUAAUGUGGAAAAUGCAGCUAUUUAAUGCAGAGGAGAAAUGAAUAGGUUGACCAAAGUUUGAAAAAACUGGCACCUUUUCUGGAAAUCUCUUAUUGCAAAGAAAAGAUACUGAGUGUGUAGAAAAUUUUGUCACCAGAGGAAAAAUAAACAAUAUAUAAGGGCAGCUUUCACUUUAACAUUUGGGAUAUUUUGGAGUUCUUGAUACCUCGAAGGUCUCCAUUUCUAUUGGUAUUUUGAAUAUCUGUAACAUGUAAUGUCGUUCUUAUAACAGUUCAACACUGUUUUUUUGGUAUUGAUAGCUUUAUAUAUAAACAAAGAUGUGGACAAAAUAACUUAACAGAAGUUGUGGGCUUUUUUGUGGCUUUGCCUGCCUGUUUGACUAAAUACAGGGUUUAAUUGUUUGCAGGCUAUUAACUAAAGGGAAAGCUUACCUGUGUAUUGCAAGCUAUAUAUUCUUGCCAGUAUGCAUUAGAUGAUCUUUUAACCUACUGGUGCCUGAAGUUAGUGUUUUACAACCUCAACAACUAUGAAACAUCCUGGUGCUAUUCACUUUAGCAUUGAGUGACAUUUUUAAUUCCUGUACCAAAGAGUUAAUUUUCUUUUUGGUCAACUGAGUUUUCUUCGCACAUCGUUGUGUGUUUAUAAAGUAGAAUUUAAUGUUACUAAGAACAGUUUGAUUAACAGAUCUUAAUUUUUGCAUGCUGCUGUGGCACUUUAAUGGAUUUUAAAUGUUUCUCAUUUGGAUUUUUUUUUAGGUAGGCAUGUAUGGAUUUUAAUUUUGUAUUUUAAUAUAGCUUGGCUACUUUAAAAGGUAAUUUGAUAGGGUGAAAUUACAAAAGAUAAUUGAAGCACUUUUCAUAAGUUGUUUUAUUUCUGCAACAAUGAAUAAAAAAAGAACUCUAAUUUAUAUAAAUGAACUAUAUAGCUUAUUGGGCACUUUAGUGAAUACUGAAACAAAAUACUAAAAUGAAGAGUUAAGGUUCAUUCUCAUUACAAAUCAAGAGUUCAGCGUGUGUGUGUGUGUGUGUGUGUGCGUGUGUAAUCUUUAGUGGCUUUAAAGAAUAAUAUUGCCAUUUGUCUACUUUGCAAAUAAAGAUAACACCUUUUAAAUAUACGUAUGUGUACAUAUGUGUGUGUAGAUAUAUAUUGAGAGAGAUACAGAGAGACAGAGAGAGAGAGAGAGAGAGAGAGAGAGAAAGAGAUGCUUUCCCAAGAGGAAAUGCAUAUGUACCUUGAUUUAAGCAAAACUGAUAACGGAAAAUUGAAGUUAAUGAAAAAAAAGUCUGGAUAUGGUUACUCACUUUACAUAGAAAGUUAGAGUAAGAUUUUUAAAACUAAUUUUGCUUAGUAGUUAAUUUUACAAAAAUGAAGAAAAACACCCUUUAAGUGUACUCGUAAUUUAAAACACCUUUGAAAUGUAAUUAUCCAAAUGUAAUGCUGCUAUGUAUAUUUGGGUUCCAAAUUUUUGCCUUUAAAACUCUCAAAACACUCAGUGUCCUUACAACUGCAGCUAAAAUGGUUAAUCAUUCUGGCAAGAAGGUGACAGUGUGUGUAUUGGAAAAGCAAUCACAUUUGAAAAUAUUUUGCAUUAUUGUUAGCUAAAAUCAACCUCUCCUUGAAUGUAGAUACAAUAUAUGGUUUUGCAGUCAAUUCUGAAUGGAAAAAAAGGAUCAAGUCUGAAAUUUAUGUGAAAUGUGGCUUCAGAUCAUUUGAACGAUAUGUAGAAAUCUAGAUGAACAUAUCAUUAGAGGUGAAAGCAAAAUUUGUUUGAAAGCCUAAGGAGAUGAAGCAACAUUGUCUCUCUCUAAUCUGCCAACAAUAUUCCCUAGAUUGUGUUGCCACUGUAUUGAUUCUGAGUAAUUUGGCUUGUUUAUGCAUGAUUUAAAUGCAUGUGGCUGAAUGCAGUAAUUUUUCAAGUUAUUGAGUAGUAGAGAAUUCACCACUAUUCACCGUCUCCCAGAGAUGAACAUAUAAAAGAAAAAAAUUCUACUUUCAUAUAUGUAAGAAUAAAGCAACUAAAUGAUACAAAAAUAAAAACUUCCACCAGAAUCAGAGAUAUUCCGACAAGUGAAUUGCGAGUCUAACACGGGAGGACAAAGAUGGGCUCUUGCAAGGACAGAGCACACAUGGAUCAUGCUGUAUGAGCUCACUUUGUGUCCCUGGAAUUAGUGUUUUUUUGUGCAUGAUCUAACUGGCAAGUUUAAUGAAUAGCCAAAAUCUGUAUUAUUUUUGAGGCUCCUAAAAUUAUGUGUGAACCCCAAGUUCUGUCUAGUAUUAUAUCCCUAAAAUGCUUUUAAUAGUGGUAUGUUACAAGUGGCAUAAGAAAAUCCUGUUUUUAAAUUUGUCAGGCAUUUUAUUAUUCAGUGCAUAAUAUGUAUAGAUCUGAGUGCUGUUUUCCUUGCAUUGUCUGUUAUUUUUACCUUGUCUUUCCCCUAAGAGAAUUUAAAGAAAAUCUUCACCAACAUUUCUAGUGCUGAUGGUAAAUAGGAAAAUAGUAGUUGAGAGACAUAAGAAUAGAUUGAGAAGAGUGAGUAAAAUGGGUGAAAAUGACAAGUAGGAACCAUGUAGCUGAGAUGUAUUUGUUUAGAUGAAAAGUCGACACUGGUUCUUAAUAUGAAAAUCAAACCAUGUAUCUAACUUAAGAACAAUGUUGUUUUUAAUUUAUUGUAGUGAUUUAGUUUUUUUCACGUAAUAUUUCUAUUUUCUUUGCAGAUUGUUUUUAAUUUAAAUUAUGGAAUUUUUACUUCUCAAAAUGUAUUAAGUACUGUAUUUUUUGAAAUCUUAUUUUUAAAUAAAUAUUUUUUAAAAAC